CUUGCGCGACUGCCCCGUCGCAAUAACGGCGAAGAUGUUCGGGAAAGUGCCGAAUACGCCGGGUCCGCCUAAUAAUAACGACCAAGCGUUGUCAGCCAAGUCGUGCACCAGACCGGCGACGACGGGCACGUCGACGUCGUGCUUGCCGUGCUUCACGAUGGAGGAGACGCCGUCAGUGAGCGCCGACGACAAGGUGAGACCUUGGCGACCGACGACGAAGGAUAACGUUGACUCCGAUUUGCCCGCCAUGAUCUUCGAGGCACCUGGCAACUCUUUGCAAUCGCCCGCCAGUUUCAUGGACGUCACGCCCGUCGCGGUGGAGGUCUCGAGGCCCUGCAGGACCGACGAACUCACUACGAUGGCUUGCGCGUCCCCUUGUUCCAAGAGUUCGGCCAAAGAAGGAUCGUCCCAGAUCGGUAGGAGUCACAACGUAGCGCAGAAGUGUUCCUCCGGCCAAAACUCCUCGAAUCCUGUGAAUUACUCGAAGUCUGUCGGCGUCUGCAGAUCGCGACGACCGCAAUCCGCAUCGACCGCGAGAAAUCUCAACGUCGAGUCGUGCACGAGGGACUAUGCGAAAACUGUAAAAAGGAUCAUUGCUAUUAAUCGAGAGCCUGCGAGCGGCAAGGAGCAUCAGACAACGUGUAACGAACAGCAGUCCAAGUGCUUACAGGGAUACGCUCCCUCGAGUACGAUUGCUGCCAAAUUAUCUUCCGCGAGAUCUUCCGAAGUGAUCAACUACCCCCCGUCCCUACCGGACGGAAACAAGUCCAGCAACGAGGACUUCUUGACGGACACGAAUUAUUUCGCGACGUCGAAUGGCGCGUCUAAUGUGCCGGUUGUGGCCGAGCAGUUGCACGCGCACCAGAAGAAGACAAUCGAUACCAAAGACGGCGCCGGUGAUUCCGCGAGCACCACCACCACCGCGUCCACCUGCGAGGACGACGACACCUGCGACAGUGACUUUACCACUUCGACGCCGUCGAAGGACUGGACGAUGAGGCGGGUCAACAACGACGCGUUGCCGCAGAGUUACGUAUCCUGCCUGCAGCAGGACCUGCCCGCGGAGCUGCAAUCGUCCACCUCGCCGAGGAGCUACAAGGACCUCAGGGAGAAGUGUAGCCGUGAGUCCCCUUGGCGGCCCACGGAGAUGACGGAGAGUGGUGCGGUGCACGGAUUGACGAUGUGCUCGGGCGAGACGUUUCAGGACUCGGGUUCGAAGAGGCGCACCGGGGCGUCAUGUCAAGCGCUCAGGCACGCUGUCGCCUCAUUGAACCGUCUGGACGACUUUUACAUGGAGAAAAUCGGCGCGGGCUUCUUCUCGGAGGUUUACAAGGUUACUCACAAAGUGACGAGUCAGGUGAUGGUGCUCAAGAUGAAUCAGCUAGCGGCGAACAGGCCGAAUAUGCUCAAGGAAGUUCAGCUCAUGAACAAGCUCAGCCAUCCGAACAUACUCAGGUUCAUGGGGGUAUGCGUGCACGAGGGUCAGCUGCAUGCGUUAACGGAGUAUAUUAACGGCGGCAGCCUGGAACAGCUGAUUAUGUCGCGGCACACGCCUUUACCGCAUCUCGUCCGAAUGAAUCUAGCGAAGGACGUGGCACGCGGUAUGGCCUAUCUACACAGUCGCGGCCUCUUCCACCGGGAUCUUACAUCGAAGAACGUCCUGAUCAAGAAAGACGAGUGCAGCAACGAGAUGAUCGCCGUGGUGGGCGAUUUCGGAUUGGCCGCGAAGAUACCCGAUCCCAGCACAAGCUACCGUCUCAGUACCGUCGGCAGCCCUUACUGGAUGUCGCCCGAGUGCCUUAAGGGCCAAUGGUACGACCACAGGUCCGACGUAUUCUCCUUCGGCAUCGUCGUGUGCGAGCUGAUCGGCCGGGUGCCUGCAGAUCCGGACGUUCUGCCACGCUCAGAUAACUUUGGCCUCGAUUACCUGGCCGUGGCGGAGAUCUGCGCGGCCGCCGAUCCGCCGCCCGCUUUCCUCCAGCUCGCCUUCAAUUGCUGCACGUACGAACCUAAAUCCAGGCCAACUUUUCCGGAAAUCAUGGCUAGCCUAGAGACUAUGAUAGCGACCUACGAGGAGGAACUAAAGAAUAACAUCGGUAAACGACAGUCGACCGUUGAUCCAACAUUGAUGUCCAGCAUGGAUGAAAUUGCACGGGAAGGACGUACGACGAAGCGGCGUACCGCUAAGCUCAGAAGUCAAUCAGCCGACGCGAGAGGUUGCGAUAACGCGACGCCGUCGGAUAAAGCGAGAUGCCAUUCCGCUAGGCGAGUAGCUGAGUUGGCCAGUCGCCGCGAUCCGCAUUAUCGGCCAAUGACGGCGAAUCCAUUUCAUGCAUUGGGUGGUGUCAAGAAAAUCCUCGGUGACUUAUUUUCCAGCUGCUUAGAACUACCCUCGUUGGAGGACGUACGACCAAGCGUCACCGACAGCGCAUGCGGUAAAUUUAAACCGGCGCAAAACGAUAGUAUUGCCAAGAUCUUGGACAGGAAGAAACCGAAUUCCGAACCAAGCAGUCCUACUGCCAGAAAGAAGUGGGAGAGAAAAGUCGCUACCAAGGUGGGUGCCGCAAGUCUCUUUGCUCAUCCGCUCUUUCGAGACGGCUGGGAGCCGCGGAGACGUGGCAGUUGCGAAUCAGGAUUCUGGAGCUGCGUCGGCGAAGACCUAAGUCCAGAGCCGCCAAACCGACGGCAUACAUCGACUCUUAGCAGCUCGGCGGCAAGCAGUCUAUUCCUGUUGGAUGACCAUCGAACCAGUUCGAUCUAUACGGACUCUUCCGAGGACAUUGCCAGCUUAGGCGGUGGCGAUUCCUGCUGGGAAGAACGACUGAAUGGCAUCGGCUCAUCAAGCAAGACCAUCUCGAAGAUCGUUGAGUACUUUGAGAGAAAACAAUCGGGUAGACUCGGCGAUCACGGUGACUUAGCUGGUCCUAGCCGUCUAACACUGUUACGAGCCAGUUUAGAAGGGCCCGUACCUAUUAGCAGCAUCUCGGCCGCGCAACGGCUAGUCGUGUGCGAAGGUGCCGUGCGUAGUAAACUUGCAUUAUUCGACAAAAAGUGAUAUUACGCAUGAGGCUCUUGGCAAUUUCUUAUUGUUUUCCUUCGACAUUCAAGCAGCACCGACAUAAAAAAAAAAUCCUGUAUAAUGAAAUGCGAUACAGGUCUCGAGAAAGGAUUUGACAAAGAGUCGUCAUUAUACGCUAUGACGACAAAAAUUUUGGUAUGUUACAUGAAAUUUAGCGUUUUUUAUGUGUAGUUGAGAAUGAAAAACAGACGAUAAUGUCACGUUAAAGAUCGGUUACGAUAAAGAGUCGAUCUUAUUGCGCAUAAAAGAUUAGAAUGGGUGGUAAGGGUGAUUAUAGUACCAACGCGUCAUUCGUGACUUAUAGACAAGAUAAUUGAUCGAACACGCAUGCGGCGUGCUUACAGACAUUUCUCUAAAAACCUAGUAACCUGACUGUGAUGUUUUUUGAUAAUCUACAUACAUACAUUAUUGAGCUGUACGACUGAAAUUUGGCGAAGCCAUCAACACAGGAUCUUUUAUACGCAACACGAAUCGCGUUUCACGCAAUUUGGUUACAACAAUGCAUUGUUUGAAAAAGAUGGUAAAAGAGAGAGAGAGAGAGAGAGAGAGAGAGAGAGAGAGAGAGAGGAAGGGAUGAAAGAACGAAGCAAUAGCGAAUUUAACAAACUGCGUUCGUGAUUAGUGCAAAAUUUAGCGCUAAUCAAUUGCUCGCGAUUGACAUACAUUUUGCAGUGCCUCGCAGUUCCUAGUAGCCAUCUCCGUCCUUAUGCAACGCGAACCGUGGGUAUUAUUGAUCACCGCAAAGAUAGAUAUACAAAUCGACGAUGAAUAAGGGCGAAUGACUUCUUUUAUUUAAAUCGAAUAGGCGGAUCGCCAGGCCAAAGGUUCUUAUCUCAUUCUUAAUUUUUUGAUUGAUACGGUUAACUUUGUCGGAUUGUUUCGCGUUUUUUUUCCUUUCUUUGUAACAUAUUAACAAUUCUAUCAAUUUUUAAUUUUUAUUUUUGAUAUUUAAGGGCCCGCUGACCUGUUACUACAGUCAUAAAUUUAUUUUUGUUGCAUAUAUAAAAAUAAAUUGACUUUUAUUUAAUACAAUCAUUUAUAUUUACAGAUUUAAAAUUUUUAAUUGAUAAAUAAUAAAUAUAAAUCUUCUGUCAUAAAAUCUACAAAUACAGAUCAUGUAUAAAUAGAAGUAUGUAUAUUUAUUUAUUUGACAAAAAACAUAUUUUUACUUUAUUAAAGUCUAUUAUGUUGAGACUGAUGCGGAGUGAUCUUGUAACGGUAAUGGAGAAAUUCAUUCGAAAUAUGAUUUAAGAGCGUUAAUAAAAUUUUCCUUGUCGUUAUCUAACAUGCUGCAGUAAGAGGUCAGAUAAGGCCCUUUAGUUCCACACCCAUAGAGGCCUACGUCGCGUUCGGGAGAUUCUUAUUUUGUUUUUGAUGUACUGACAUUGACGCAGCACGGGGUUUAUCGACGCUGCUACACGUUUUCUCAACGAUUCGCAGUUUCGCGUGCGCGUUAAUAACUUGAAAUGCGCGAUACAAGUGCCGGAGACAUAUAACAAUAAAUGCAUAUAUACAUAUAUUUUUUUGUUGGCAAAGGUACACUGUGUCCUGGAUAUUCUUGUUGACGUGUUGCGCGUAACUGAGAGUUUGUCCACUUUGAAAAAAAGAGAAUAUAUGAAACUGAUCUAGUCAGUGUAUUAAUGUGGCGGCCUUAUCUUUUGUAUGUUGUAGCGCUAACUUGUAGUGUUUAAGGUUGAACUGGCGAACGUGAAAUGAGCGCGAUAUGAAACUGAGCGUCCUGGUUACACGCGGUAUUCUUCUUCCCCCAUUUUUUUGAAUGUUGGUAUAUUUAUACAAUGAAGAAGUGAAAGUGAGAGCGAGUGUGCGAGACAGGGUAUAUAAAUGAGAGAAGGUACACCGCACCGGGGUGCGUGCGUGUGCGUACACUGAAAAAAAAUGCAAUAUAUCCAAUAAGAUUUUAUUGCGGGCUGCCAACCACAGAUAUACACAAUACAAUAAUAUAUGUUACUGCAGUAUCAACAUUGUACUUGCAUUAACAGUAAAUAUUAUUGUAUUGAGUAUUUUAUGUAGUGGCAGCCCGCAUUUUAUGUUAUUGGCUAUAUUUUUUUUCUGUGUAUGUGUAUGUAUGCGUUACCAGAAAGAUAAUGUACACGUCCAAAAACGAUAUCUAUGUAGGUAACUACAACUUUUGCAUAUAAAAUGUGAAUCGUUUUGUCGCUCAGAUGAAAGCGAGUCGAACCAAAUCUACGAUCGUAGAGUGAUAGACUAAUGUGACGAUACCUUUUUACUUGUCGAAGUUCGCUCACGGGUUUACUCUAUAAGACUGUGCGUUUGUUAUGUAAUAGGUCGUAUGUAAAUAGAGAAGCUCGCGUCAACGAUAUUCGCAGUCUCUUCUUCCUCGUGUAUAAUAGGAUACGUGUACUUUGCGUUUCUUUCUUCUUUUUUAUUUUUAUUCGUGUCGAAUCGGGGUCUUCUUUUUCUCCUCGAUGCGUCAAUCGGUACCUGAACAAUCGAAGUGAAGGAAGGACUGCGAACGAGUUAGUUAUUAAGCAUACGGACAUAUCAGGAAUACGGGCAUAUCCUGAAAUUCAACCUGAUCGAUAAAGGGCAAUAAUAUAGUUUGCAGGAGUGAUGGAGUUAUGGAAUAUACGUUGCGUACGCAAGAUCGCAUGAGGAAGAGGAAAAGUAAGAGAAAGAGAGAGAGAAAAAAUAUGAAGCGGAGUUAGUGGCCGCAUUACCGAAAGGCGCAUUUUUAUAAAAAAGAAAGAUAUGGGUUAUUUAUUUUAAGUAAAAACAAUUAUAUUAAAGAUUAUAUAUCUA